UUUCAGGAGAUGAAGCUCGUCCUCUUACUAGUCACCAUUGGUAUAUUGUCCCUGGAUUUGGUUCAAGGUGUAAAAGUUAACCUAGUACCUUUGGGAAACAUGGUCAAUUGUACUCUGUCUGUUGAAUUCCAUUCGAUUGGCUGUAUCAUGCGUUUAGGCGAGUUUUUCGAUGAUCUUGAUAAACUUGAGCUGGACGAUAAGGCGGAAGUAGUCAAAUUUUCAAAGUCCUGCGAAACUAUCCCCACCUGCUUUGAAACUCCGCAGUGUACACCAAAGGGUAUCGCACCAGAGGAGAAAAAGGAAAUGGUCAAAAAAAUCAAAAACUAUUGUAGCGGGGUUUCCUAUAUCGCCAACGACUUUGAAGAAUGCCGUGAUAAACUUGCGGAGAACAAAUGUUACAAAGAUUGGGACCCGUUCCAGAGAAAGUUCAAUCUGGAAAAGGAUGAGAAGAAAAAAGAACAAAUGCGUGAAGAUUCUUGCAAGAAUUAUUUUGGAGAAGACAACUGUAUGAAGACGGUGGUUACUGAAACAUGUGGUGAAUCCGAUUGGGCCAAACUUCGCGACCACUUCGUGGGAAUCGGCAACAAUAUUUUGAGCGAAUGCGGCUUCAGCAAAACUGAUUGAAUAACUUUAUAAUUUUGAUUUACUUUCUGAUUUUAAUUCGAUAAAUAAAAUUUUACCAUUUCG